GGUCGCGCAAGGCGUGAUGGGAGACUAGGCCCCAGUCCCCCUAUCCUGUCAUCAGCACGUGCGACCGCCAUCUUGAAUCCGUGAGACGAAGGUGUGGAAAAAAGUAGGAGAAAACUACCCCCAAAACUACCAGCAUGUCCGUCAUUGUACUAAAUCAGAACACAAAACGCGAGUCCGGUCGCAAAGUUCAGCUUGGGAAUGUGCAAGCCGCUAAGACCAUUGCAGAUAUCAUUAGAACAUGCCUGGGCCCAAGGGCAAUGUUAAAGAUGUUGAUGGACCCCAUGGGAGGUAUAGUCAUGACCAACGAUGGAAAUGCUAUUCUACGUGAGAUUCAAGUGAAGCAUCCUGCUGCCAAGUCUAUGAUUGAGAUAAGUCGUACGCAGGACGAGGAAGUGGGAGAUGGAACAACCUCUGUUAUCAUUCUAGCUGGGGAAUUCAUGUCAGUGGCGGAACCCUUUCUUGAGCAGCAGAUGCACCCCACACAGAUCAUCGCUGCCUACCGCCUGGCGAUGGACGACAUGAUCGAUAUACUCAAGCAGCAGAUAAGUGUUCCUGUUGAUAUUGACAACAGAGAAGAAAUGCUGAAGAUCAUUAGGAGCUCAGUAGGCACCAAGUUUAUCAACAAGUGGGGAGAUCUCGCAUGCAACAUUGCUCUUGAUGCUGUGAAGACGGUUGCCCUGGACAGGGGAGAUAGGAAAGAGAUCGACAUCAAGAAUUAUGCUAAAGUCGAGAAGGUUCCUGGUGGGGAGAUUGAGGAUUCUAAAGUGCUGACAGGUGUCAUGAUUAACAAAGAUGUCACCCAUGGCCGCAUGAAAAGACGUAUUGAGAACCCAAGAAUCAUGUUACUGGACUGCAACCUUGAGUACAAGAAGGGAGAGAGUCAGACAAGUUUAGAAUUAUCAAGUGACACAGACUUCAGCCGUGUUUUGCAACUUGAAGAAGAAUUCAUCAAGAAGAUGUGUGAUGAAGUCAUCGCUCUCAAACCAGAUCUAGUGAUUACAGAGAAAGGCAUCUCUGAUCUUGCUCAGCAUUUCCUGAUGAAGGCAAACAUAACCGCUAUCCGACGUGUACGUAAAACUGAUAAUAACCGCAUUGCACGGGCAUGUGGGGCGACCAUCGUCAACAGGACGGAGGAAUUAAAGGAAGAGGACAUUGGGACUGGCGCUGGUCUGUUUGAAGUGAAUAAAUUUGGCGAUGAAUACUUCACUUUUAUCACUGAAUGCAAUAAUCCAAAGGCCUGUACCAUUCUACUGAGGGGCGCAAGCAAGGAUGUCUUGAACGAGGUUGAGAGAAAUCUACAAGAUGCAAUGAAUGUGGCCCGUAAUGUGAUUGUUGAUCCUCGACUUGUCCCUGGGGGCGGAGCCUGUGAGAUGGCUCUUGCUCACGCCUUGACAGAAAAGGCCAAGCUUGUCGCUGGGGUGCAGCAGUGGCCGUACAAGGCGGUUGCUAAAGGUCUGGAAGUUAUCCCAAGGACCUUGAUUCAAAACUGCGGUGCUAACACCAUCAGAACUAUUACAGCUCUACGGGCAAAGCAUGCAGCUGAAGGCAACACAAGCUGGGGUAUUGAUGGUGAGAGCGGGCAGAUUGUUGACAUGCAAGAGCUUGGCGUGUGGGACACCUAUGCAGUCAAGGCACAAACCUUCAAGACCGCACUGGAGACGGCAAUGCUCCUGCUGCGCAUAGAUGACAUUGUAUCGGGAACGAAGAAGGCAACUGGCGCAGAAGGAUCUGAAUCUGGAGGAGCACCCACGACUGAUUAACAACAACUAGCUUCUAGUCCCCUAAUGCUUGCAGACUCAGCACACCAGUAGCCCCUAGUAGCACUUCAUCUUUGUCAAGGUUAUUGUACUUUAUGGAAACUGGGAUGGUUUUGCAUUUUCUGACAAAUCAAACGGGCCAUAAAGUAGUCAAAGUUUUUAGGGGGUAUUGGGAUCGUGUAGCCCAAUUUCCUUAUAGACCCCUUCAGAUAGAUCCUUGUUAGACACAUGUGAGAACUCCCCACCACUCACCCACCCUCCCUAAGCAUUCCCAUCUUGACGUUUAUUGGUGCAAUAGACGCAUAUUGGUGUUCGUUGUGGAACUGAUAUAGUUUGAUCUCUCAUUUAUUUAAGAUAUUAUGAGCGAAAUUAAAUGAGAAAUAAAGAAACUUAUGAGUGAUAA